AUGCCGCCUAAGACAAGUGGAAAGGCCGCCAAGAAAUCUGGUAAAGCCCAGAAAAAUAUUUCGAAGACCGAUAAGAAAAAGAAGAAGCACAAGAGGAAGGAAAGUUACGCCAUUUACAUUUACAAAGUGCUGAAGCAGGUCCAUCCCGACACCGGUAUUUCGAGUAAAGCCAUGUCGAUCAUGAAUUCGUUCGUGAACGACAUCUUCGAACGUAUCGCUGCAGAAGCUUCUCGUCUCGCCCAUUACAACAAGCGUUCGACGAUAACCUCGAGGGAGGUUCAGACUUCAGUGAGAUUGUUGUUACCGGGUGAACUCGCCAAGCACGCGGUCAGUGAAGGAACCAAAGCCGUCACGAAAUACACGAGCUCCAAGUAA